GAGUCAGUCCGUGUGGUCCGUGAUCAAUUUAUACUUCCCUCCCUUUUCCCGUUCCUUAACCAGCAAUUGUCUCUUAAGUACUGCUACUCAUCAUCGUAGCCUGCAUUGACCCGAAUGCUACUCCAUUGUAUUUUAAGUUUGCAAUAAAUCGUCCCCCCUCCCGUCACCGUCACUAUGGCACGUCUGGACGUGGAAAAGACCAUUGAAGAGCUCACACUGGGCGAAAAGGUAGCUCUCACGGCUGGAAAGUAACGCCCAACACCAAAUACAAAAAAACAGAAAGCAUAACUAACUAUUGAACAGGCGUGGACUUUUGGCACACUGCCUCAAUCCCCCGACUCAACAUCCCCGCUCUGCGCAUGUCCGAUGGUCCCAAUGGCGUGCGAGGCACCCGCUUCUUCAACGGAAUCCCGGCCGCCUGUUUCCCCUGUGCCACCGCCCUCGGAGCAACCUGGGACGCCCAUUUGCUGCACGAGGUGGGCCAGCUCAUGGGUGACGAGUCCAUCGCUAAGGGCUCGCAUAUCGUUCUGGGUCCCACCAUCAACAUCCAGCGCUCUCCGCUCGGCGGUCGAGGCUUCGAGUCUUUCGCAGAGGAUGGCGUGCUUUCCGGAAUUCUGGCCGGGAAUUACUGCAAGGGGUUGCAGGAGAAGGGCGUCGCUGCCACGCUUAAGCACUUUGUGUGCAAUGAUCAGGAGCAUGAGCGUUUGGCGGUGAGCAGCAUCGUCACCAUGCGUGCCUUGCGCGAAAUAUACCUGUUGCCUUUUCAGUUGGCGAUGAGGAUAUGUCCUACUGCUUGUGUUAUGACGGCCUAUAAUAAGGUCAAUGGCACGCAUGUCAGUGAGAAUAAGGAGCUUAUCACUGAUAUCCUCCGCAAGGAGUGGAAUUGGGAUGGUCUGGUUAUGAGUGAUUGGUUCGGAACCUACACCACUUCCGACGCCAUCAAUGCUGGUCUGGACCUCGAAAUGCCGGGCAAGACACGCUGGCGUGGCUCUGCCCUGGCUCACGCCGUAUCCUCCAACAAGGUAGCCGAGUUCGUUUUGGACGACCGCGUCCGCAAUAUCCUCAACCUCGUCAACUGGGUCGAGCCUCUAGGCAUCCCCGAGCACGCCCCGGAAAAAGCCCUCAACCGGCCCCAAGACCGGGAUCUUCUCCGCCGCGCCGCCGCUGAGUCCGUCGUGCUCAUGAAGAACGAAGAUAAUAUUCUUCCCCUCCGCAAAGACAAACCCAUCCUUGUCAUCGGACCCAAUGCUCAAAUCGCCGCCUACUGUGGCGGCGGCUCUGCCUCCCUAGACCCCUACUACACCGUCUCGCCCUUUGAAGGCGUCACCGCCAAAGCCACCUCCGAAGUUCAAUUCUCCCAAGGCGUCUACUCCCACAAAGAACUCCCUCUCCUCGGUCCCCUGCUCAAAACCCAGGAUGGCAAACCCGGAUUCACGUUCCGCGUCUACAACGAACCACCCUCCCACGAGAACCGCACCCUUGUCGACGAACUGCAUCUUCUCCGCUCCAGCGGCUUCCUCAUGGACUACAUCAACCCCAAGAUCCACUCUUUCACCUUCUUCGUCGACAUGGAAGGCUACUUCACCCCCACCGAAUCCGGCGUCUACGACUUCGGCGUCACCGUAGUCGGCACGGGCCGUCUCCUCAUCGACAACGAAACCGUCGUCGACAACACAAAGAACCAACGCCAGGGCACCGCCUUCUUCGGCAACGCCACCGUCGAAGAGCGCGGCUCCAAACACCUCAACGCAGGCCAAACCUACAAAGUAGUCCUCGAAUUCGGCAGCGCCCCCACCUCCGACCUCGACACCCGAGGCAUCGUCGUCUUCGGGCCCGGCGGAUUCCGCUUCGGCGCUGCCCGUCAAGUCAGCCAAGAAGAGCUGAUCUCCAACGCCGUCUCCCAAGCCAGCCAAGCCUCCCAAGUAAUCAUCUUUGCCGGCCUCACCAGUGAAUGGGAAACCGAAGGCUACGACCGCGAACACAUGGAUCUGCCUCCUGGGACUGACGAGAUGAUUUCCCGUGUCCUCGACGCUAAUCCCGAUAACACAGUCGUGUGUCUCCAGUCCGGUACCCCUGUCACCAUGCCAUGGGUCCACAAAGCUAAAGCCCUCGUCCACGCCUGGUUCGGCGGCAACGAAUGCGGCAACGGCAUCGCAGACGUCCUCUUUGGAGACGUCAACCCGUCCGCUAAACUCCCCGUGACUUUCCCCGUCCGCUUACAGGAUAACCCUAGUUAUCUUAACUUCCGCUCCGAGCGGGGCCGUGUCCUCUACGGUGAAGAUGUCUACGUCGGAUACAGGUACUACGAAAAGACGAACGUGAAGCCACUCUUCCCUUUCGGUCACGGUUUAUCCUACACCACUUUCUCCCGGAGUGAUCUGAAGAUUACUACCUCCCCGGAGAAGGGCACCCUCACCGACGGCGAACCCAUCACUGCCACAGUCCAAGUAAAGAACACAGGUACCGUAGCCGGCGCAGAGAUCGUACAGCUGUGGGUCCUUCCCCCGAAAACGGAGGUGAACCGCCCCGUCCGCGAACUGAAGGGGUUCACAAAGGUGUUCCUCCAGCCUGGGGAGGAGAAACAGGUGGAGAUUGUGGUGGAGAAGAAACUGGCGACGAGCUGGUGGGACGAGCAGCGCGGUAAAUGGGCGUCGGAGAAGGGCACAUAUGGGUUGUCUGUCACAGGAACUGGUGAGGGAGAGUUGAGGGGGGAAUUUGGGGUGGAGAGAACGAGGUAUUGGGUUGGGUUGUAG